UUAGAGGACGCCACAUCUAAUACCACUGUAAAUAUGGAUUAUAUUAAAAUUUUGAAAGUGUUACUUUUACUCAUCGCAUAUGCUAGCGCGUCGCCGACUUUUAGGAAGAAAGGUGGUCAGACCCAUCCUGUGUAUGUUCAGCAACAACCAACAUAUGUCCAGGCAGAACCUGUACAUCCUGCACCUCAAGUCGUUUACCAGCCAGUGCAAGUACAACCCGUCCAUCCGCCGCCACCUCAAAUUAUUGUACAACCGGUUAGAGUACAACCUGUGCACCCCCCACCAAGGCCAGUACAACCUGCACAUCCACCACCAAUGCCAGUACACCCUGUGCAACCACCACCAAGACAAAUUAUCAUACAACCAAUUAGAGUUCAACCUGUCCGACCACCACCAACACAAAUCAUUAUACAACCAGUUAGAGUACAGCCAGCGCACCCACCUCCAAGACCUGUGCAACCUGUACAUCCACCACCAAGACCUGUACAUCCACCACCAAGACCUGUACAUCCACCACCUCGACCUGUGCAUCCACCACCACAACCAGUCCAUCCACAACCGGUCCAUCCUCAGCCAGUUAUUGUAAAACCUAUAUCUUAAAACCUGUAUUGUUAACCUGGAAAACAUCAUCAUUAACCUUAAUUAAAUAUUUAAGAUUUGUAUUA